AUGCCUUAUACACAUGUUUCCACCCUCGAUGGGCUGCAGCAUGAUACAUUGCCAGCACUCAAUAUCAAUAUCUCCACAGACAACCAUCUAGACCGGGUUAUCGAGGGCUUUUUGUCAGAGGGACACAACCUGUCUCGGAGUUCCUCCGCUGUCCCUGACUUGGCAACGUCCUCGGUCCCUUUUGGCACUGGCCCAGACCCAGACCCGAUUUCGAAAUGUCUACAAGACCUGGCGGAGCUCAAUGGAACGCUACUCCACAGUAGGGCGAACCGACGUGGAACCGGGCACAGUGAUCUAAGCCAACCCCAAUCCAUUUCUACACGGGCUGGCUCUUCUGUACCUCCUUCCAUUGGGCACACUUUGAGACACUGCCAAAAUUUCCUCACCACAAUUCAGCACCUCCAACAGCGAGUGAACUCUGAUUCUGGUGAUGACACAUGGUCACCUACUAGGCCAGAGGACGGAAUAGCCCAGCAGCAGUGUACAAACCACUCCGCCGCUUUCGGUCGCUCGAUACUCCUAUCCUGUUCUCCAUUCUCUCAUGUUACUCCCUAUAUCCUAGAGGAAUACGAGCGCCUCUUCUCGUCUAUUCUACAAUCUGUGACUCAGUCCGUCCCCCAUAUCCCGGCUACCUUGAUAGGUACCAGCCUAGAUGGCUUCAAGUUGGACGGAAAUAAUAUUUUACAGAUGGAAUUACUUCUCUAUGUCAGUUCCAACUUGUUGGGAAAGAUUGAAGCUAUCUUGUUGGGGUCUACAGAAGGGACAACAACGGAGUCGAACCAAGGGCUUUUGGGUUGUAAGAUGGCCGGAUGUCUAGAGUCGCUGUACGACCACAAUGGUCUUCCAUCAGGCGAUGGGGCUGGUAAAAGGGAGGUGAGAGCUAGGACCCUUAUUAGAAAGGUCCAAGCAGCUCUGAAAACCAUUGAAAAAUGA